AUGGCUACCCCUAGUGUCCUCACGUUUGACGCUGAGGGACGAGCCGUAGACUUUGAGGUCUGGGUCGACGACAUGCAGCUGUUCCUACAGUGCGAUAGGGCAGACGGCCUCUCUCUCUUUGACCUUACCUUUGGCGCUUCCCCUGCCCCUGCUGCUAAUGCUGACGCCACUGUUCGCUCCCAGUGGGCCACGCGCGACGCUGCUGCACGUCUUGCUGUGCGUCGCCACCUCCCUACCUCCAAGCGUGCGCACUUUAGCCAGUACAAGAGUGCUCAGACCUUGUACGACGCUGUAGUCGCGCGCUACUCCUCCCCUGCCACUGCUGCACUGAGCCGUCUCAUGCUGCCGUACCUCUUCCCUGACCUUGCUGCUUUUCCUACCGUAGCUGACCUCAUCACGCACCUCCGCACUAGUGACACUCGCUACCGCGCUGCACUCCCUGCUGACUUCUACGCCGCGAACCCCCCCCCCCAUGUACAUAACUCUGAGCCUCUCGAGGUGACCCGCGCACCCCCAUCUUUGAGGGGUGUUCUCCCUCCCCCGUGCUGCCAUCUGUUGCCUCUGCUGCUGCGGCCGACCUCCUUGGUCUUGAGUCGGUCGGCGCGGCGUCUGCCCCUAGCGGGAGACGCCGCCCUGGCAAGGGCAAGGGGGGCAAGGGAGCUGGAGGAGCGGGCGGUGGAGGUGGAGGAGGAGGCGGUGGGGGGAGUGGGGGUGGCGGUGGGAGUGGAGGUGGGGGUGGAGGGGUCGGUGGCGGUAGUGGAGGCGGAGGCGGCGGCGGCGGUGGCGGUGGGAGCGGAGGUCGCGGAGGAGGCGGCGGUGGAGGCGGCGGCGGCGGCGGAGGCGGCGGCAGUGGUGGAGGCAGCGGAAGAGGCGGAGGCGGUGGGGGUGGCGGUGGAGCUGGUCGCAGGUCGUCGCAGAGGAGUGGCUCUGGUGGUGGCUCGCGCCAGCAGCAGCAGCGCGGUCGUGAGACCCCGUCACCUCAGUAGCUCCUGUGGGGGUGCGCACCCCACCCAGCGCUGCUUUGGCCGCCUGACGGACGCGUGGCGUCACCAGUUCCCGGAGGCCUCAGAGAUCCCUCGCUGGGGCGAGCUGUCUAGGGCGGGUGUGGCCAUCUUUGAUCUUGACUCUGAUGCUAUUCUUGCUGCCAUGCAUGCUGUGUCUAUUAGUGAUGAGGGUGACUGUUACCGGUGUUUCCCGCCCGAUCCGGGCAUUGAGACUGCUACUUUAGGUACUGGUACGGCUGCUGCCCUAGGUGCAUGCGACGCUACUGCUCUAGGUGCUGGUGUGUCUGCGUCCUCAGGUACUGGUGAGUCUGCGCUCUCAGGUACUACGUCGGCUUCGGCCUCCCUCACCUUCACCCUUGACUCUGGGGCGUCUCGCUCCUUCUUUCGAGACUGCACCACACUCACGCCGCUUAGUCGGCCGGUUGCGGUGUCUCUGGCUGACCCCUCUGGGGGUCCUUUCCUGUCUCGCUUCUCCACAGUCCUCCCUUGUCCGGCGGCUCCCUCUUGCACCCUGUCUGGUCUCUACCUCCCCUCGUUCUCGACGAACCUGGUGAGUGGUGCUGACCUACAGGAUGGGGGAGUACACUAUCGUCUCCUGUCUCACGAGACUCUCCUCUGGCACCACCGCCUUGGCAACCCCUCUCUGCUUCGGCUCAGAGGCAUGGCCUUCCGUCUUCUUGUGUCAAGUCCCCCCCGGUCCCUCCCUCCCCUUCCUCAGGGCCCUGGCCCUGCCUGUGUCCCCUGUGUCGAGGGGCGCCAGCGGGCUGCCCCCCACUCCUCCCAGUUUCCUCCGACAGAGGCCCCGUUGCAGACGCUUCACAUGGACGUGUGGGGCCCAGCCCGCGUCCGUGGACAGGGUAACAAGCGCUACUUUCUGCUCGUUGUUGACGACUACUCGCGUUACACCACAAUCUUCCCCUUGCGCAGCAAGGGUGAUGUCACUGAGGUGUUGAUCGACUGGAUCCGCGCAGCUCGUCUUCAGCUUAGGCAGCGCUUUGGCUCGGACUUUGCUGUUUUGCGUCUGCACUCGGACAGAGGCAGAGAGUUUUCCUCUGGCCUUCUGCGAGCCUUCUGUCGUGCAAGAGGCAUCCGUCAGACCUUCACGCUUCCGGACUCACCGCAGCAAAAUGGGAUUGCUGAGCGCCGCAUUGGCAUGGUCAUGGACGUCGCUCGUAAGUCCAUGAUGCAUGCGGCUGCCCCCCAUUUUCUGUGGCCGUUUGCGGUGAGGUACGCGGCGCAUCAGAUCAACCUUCACCCCAGGGUCUCCAGGCCGGAGACCUCCCCAGCCUUGCUGUGGACGGGGAAGGUUGGCGAUGCGUCUGUGUUCCGGGUCUGGGGAUCUCGGGCGUUUGUCCGCGACUUGUCUGCGGACAAGCUGUCCCCUCGUGUUGCUCCUUGCGUCUUCCUGGGGUUCCCCCCUGACGCGCUUGGGUGGCAAUUCUACCACCCCACCUCUCGCCGUGUUCUGUCCUCCCAGGACGUCACGUUUGACGAGUCGGUCCCCUACUACCGCCUCUUCCCCUUCCGCACUCCGUCCCUCCCCCCACCCCCACUCUUCCUGGUACCAGGUCCCCCUCAGGUAGACCCCCUGCCCCCUCAGGGUCCUGCCCCUUCAGGUGUGUCCCAGGCAGACGCAGUCGAGCCUGUCGAGGUCACUGGUGACUCUGGUGCUGCUGAGGGUGCUGCCGCUGGGGGUGUUGAGCCUGGGGCUGCUGGACGUGGGGGUGCGGGGCCUGGGGGUGCUGCGUCUGGGGGUGUUGAGCCUGGGGGUGCUGAGCCUGGGGGUACUACGUCUGGGGAUGCUGAGCCUGGGGGUGCUGAGCCAGGGCUUACUGAGCCGGGGGGUGCUGAGCCUGGGGGUGCUACGCUUGGGGGUACUGCGUGUCGAGGUGCUCCACCUGGAGGUUCUCCGGGUGCUUCGUCUCGCCGGGAGCCACUCUCUCCAGAGGAGCUGCGCGAGUGGUUUGCCCGGCGCUGGCUUCGUGCUGCUGGUGCUGGAGGUUCUUCGGCUGCUGAGGGUGCUGCGGUCGCGGGUCCCGGAGGUGCUCGUACUGGUAGUACUGGAGCUGCUGGGCCUGCGGGUUCGACUAGAGCUGGUGCUGCUGCGGGUGUUGGCGCUGAGACUGCCGCUGGCGGUCCUGCUAGAGGUGCUCCUGGUGCUGCUGGAGGUUCUGGAGCUGCUGGAGGUGCUGCUGGAGCGGAGUGUCCGCAGCCUGUCCAGCCACAGUUUCAGCUGCAGCCUACCUCCCCUUUGCCUGCUCCUUCUCCCUACACUGGUCCUACUGGAGGUCUUGCUGAGCGUCGUGAGCCUGCGUCUCGCCCUACGUCGCCUAUCCGUCCUGCUCGCGCUAGUGGUCGUAGUUCGCGUGAGCGUCCUCCUCCUGUCCCUGGUACGCAACGGACGUCUCUGCGUCCGUCCACUUCUCCUCUGCGUGCCCCUUUGCCUUCUCCUCCUGAGUCCUCUCUUCCUGCUCUUCCCGACCCAGAGUCGGACUUUCUUCGUGCUGCCAGUCCUACUAUCACGCGUCUCCUUGCUACUGUUGUCACAGACCCUUCCUUUGAGUCUACUGCUGCGUCUGCUCUAGUUGCUGAGCUCGUCGACUUUCCUGCUCGCUGUCGCUUAGACUACGCUGCGAGUCUUGUCGCUGAGUCUGAGUCUUUCUGUCCUCCGUCCGUCGGGGGUGAGUGUGCCCUUGGCACGGACGUCCUUGAGGACAGGCAGGAGGAGUUCCAGUGUCUGGCAGCUGCUUCACCUCAUCUCGUGUCCGUACUGCUUACCCCUGAGGGAGACCCGGAUGCACUUGACAUCCCGACUCCGCGCUCUUACGCGGAGGCGAUAGAGGGUCCCUAUUCCUCUCAGUGGCAGGCAGCUAUGGAUGCAGAGAUGGCUUCCUGGAAGUCCACAAGCACCUACGUUGACGCUGUCCCCCCUCCUGGGGCGAACAUCGUCAAUGGCAUGUGGAUCUUCAGGGUGAAGCGGCCGCCGGGUUCUCCUCCUGUCUUCAAGGCGCGUUACGUGGCUCGUGGCUUUAGUCAGCGGCAGGGAGUUGACUACUUUCAGACCUUCUCCACCACCCCGAAGAUGACCACUCUUUGGGUACUGCUGCACGUUGCUGCUCACCGUGACUACGAGCUGCACUCUCUCGACUUCAGCACAGCUUUCUUGCAGGGCAGCCUGCACGAGGAGAUCUGGCUGCGUCGCCCACCUGGCUUCACUAGGUCUUUCCCUCCUGGUACCCAGUGGAGUCUCCGGCGUCCAGUCUACGGUCUCCGCCAGGCGCCACGUGAGUGGCACAACACACUGAGGACUACGCUUGCGGCUCUUGGUUUUGCUCCUUCUAUUGCUGGCCCGUCGCUGUUUCUGCGCACCGACACCUCUUUGCCGCCGUUCUACAUCCUCGUGUACGUCGACGACUUGGUCUUCGCCACAGCUGACACUCCUGGAUUCGCCUACGUGAAGUCCAAGCUGCAGAAGAGACACACGUGCACAGACCUGGGUGAACUGCGCAGCUACCUUGGCUUGCAGAUCACCCGGGACAGAGCACGCCGCACCAUUACCCUAACUCAGUCACACAUGGUGCAGCAGGUCCUUCAGCGCUUCGGCUUCACGUACUCCUUGCCUCAAGCCACUCCUCUGCCUACUCGCCACUUGCUCUCAGCUCUGCCUUCGGAUGAGUCCGUAGAGUCGAGUGGCCCGUACCCAGAGCUAGUUGGCUGCCUCAUGUACCUGAUGACCUGCACACGUCCUGACCUUGCAUACCCUCUUAGCAUUCUCGCACGCUAUGUUGCUCCUGGGAGACACCGACCAGAGCACAUGGCUGCAGCGAAGAGGGUGUUGCGCUACUUGUGCAGUACGUCGGGCAUGGGGCUAGUGCUUGGAGGGCGCAGUCCAGUGGUCCUUACUAGGCACGUGGACGCUUCUUGGGCUGACGACCAGGCUACGCAGCGGUCGUCACAGGGUUACACCUUCAGCCUUGGUUCCGGCUCUGUUCCGUGGCGGGCUACUUGCUCGUCUUCUGUUCUCGGCUCCAGUUGUGAGGCUGAGAUCUACGCCGGGGCCAUGGUUGCACAGGAGCUUCGCUGGCUCACCUACCUGCUGACCGACCUUGGAGGGCCGCCUCGUUCUCCUCCAGUCAUGUACGUAGACAACAAGGCCAUGCUGGCCUUGUGUCGAGAGCAGCGACUGGAGCACAGAACGAAGCACAUUGCUCUCCGCUACUACCUUGCUCGUGAGCUACAGCAGCGUGGACAGUUGCGGCUUGCGUACGUGGCCUCUGAGGCCAACACUGCUGAUGUCUUCACCAAGGCACUUGCGCCUUGUGAUCAUCUGCGCUUCUGCACUUAG